ACUGUGACGGAAGGACGGAACGUUUGUUCGGUUUUGUCAUGGAAAUUGUAGAAUUGUCAAAGCAUGAAAACGAAAUAAUUCCCAAUUACACAUGUGGCAUUCCGAGUUGUCGUAAUAUUUGUCAUGAAUGGAUGUUAAAAAUGCCCCGAGAAUGUUUUGAUUACAUUGUCUUUGAGGUUAGAAAUGAAGUAUCAAAAAGCGUUAUCAUAAUAACAUUAGUGUUAUUAGUAUUAUUUCAACGAGAGUUUGUUUUGCGUACUCGCUAACAAAAUUUCGAAUAAGGUCAAACGUCUUGGAUGGAAAUUAAGUCGGCAUUUUAUGGAAACAUAUUAGUCGACGAAUAAGUCAACACGAAUACGAGAAAUAGAUCAAGCAGAAUUACAGAGUUACAAUAUGCUGAAAACUUUCAAAUGCCUUCAAUGUGACUCGACCUUUGAUCGUGCCUCGCAAUUGGACUAUCACCGACGAAGUUUACAUCUAGGAGAGAGGUCCCAGAUAUGCCAAAUAUGUGGAAAAGGUUUCUUUCGGAAGGCAGACUUGCGCACUCACUUGAACAUUCAUCUGGGAACAAAUUUUCAUAUUUGCGAAAUCUGUGGAAGGAAGUUCAGUCAUAUAUCAAAUCUUAUAAGACACUGUAGAAUGCAUACAGGAAUUAAACCAUAUCCGUGUUCAAUUUGUGAUAAGAAUUUCACGCAGAUGUCUUCGCUAGCAAGGCAUACACAAAUGAUACACGGGAUACCAAAGGAAGUUGCACAGCAGUAUUAUAAUCCUAGUCUUAUUAGCAAUAAAUCACGAAUCAACAGUCAUACAUCGAAAGAAAACAAGACAAUAGAUAAUAAUGUAGAAAGUAAAUUUCGUGAGACAUCUCACAUGGAGCCGAAAUAUACUAGCCAGAAUACUACUAGAGAUUCAGAUGUAAAAAGUGAGAUAAUUUCCGAUCAACGUGACGUUGAUAUGGACAUUAAAGCAUGUUUAUUCGAGACUGUCAUUUGUGUCACAUCUAAGCAGUUUGAAGAAAGUAAUUUAGCAGAAAAUGAGAGUACAAAUCGAUUGCCGCAAGAUCAUUUUGCCGAAAUUGAGGAAAGAUUUGGAGCUACUGAUUUAUCGACGAAUAAUACUAUCAUUUCAAAUUCUUCUCAAGAUGUAGUUAAUAAUUAUGAACAAAUACAAUCCAAGGACAGUAUUACGUAUUUACAUCAAUUGGAUAAAAAUAUUUUUGCCUUCUUACCUCGAGAUAGAAAACCUAGUACUGAAUCAGAAACCCAAAGUAACGAAAACAUUUUGAGAUCAAAUGGCUUAGAUAUAUGUAUAUCCCGAGAGGUCGGUAAAGAAUCUUCCAUAAGCAACGUGAGAAAUUCAUUAAAUAUGGAAACAAAUCUACAAACCUGUAAUUCCAGUGAAGUUUUAAUGGACCAAAAAUUUCUACAUAAACAAAUAAGUAAAGAACGUAUUAGUGAAAAUAGAAAAUGUAAUAAACCAUUAAGCGAUGACGACAAUCAGUUGUAUAUAGAAUUCUCUAAUUCAGGAAUGUUGAAAUUUGAUGAACCUCGAUAUUUUAAUAAUAUCAGUUUAGCUAAUGUGAAUGUUAAUCAUACCACAAAGUCUCAUCAUUCUGAAAAUAUCGUUGCUAACGAAGUAUGUACUCCCGACGCUAUGCAGAAUCAGGAGGGCUUGCUGCACAAUGAGGAAAAUCUAGAAAAUUUCAGCAACGCCUGUAACAGUGAAGAACCAAUGUUGCGUUUAGUACAGACAGAGACUGGUGAGCAAUUUUAUGAAUUUAUAAUAAGCAAUUUGGUAGAAAAAAUGCAAAACGCUUCAUCUACAAAAGAUCUCGAAGAUACAGUAGAAGAUCCAUCAAAUACCUUUAGAGAUAAUCAAAAGAUCAAUUCAAAUUCAAAAGACAGUGAGAAGAGCGAUCAGAUAGAACAUCAACAAGCUCUGGACGGCCUUAUUGAUAUAAAUAACGAAUUUAAUUAUACACAAUUUGAUUUUCAUAGAGAGGAAAAAAGUUAUGCUGUCCUAAGCCAUGGUGAAUCAGAACAUUUCCAACAGAAUUCAAAGGGCAACGAGUGUGUAAGUAACAUGCAGGAAAAAAAUAUGCAGGUCUACAAUUCUGGAAACUUAGAAUUAUUGGAGAACGAAUCGCAUGUAGAUUUUGACAAAUAUGUCGAAACUAAUCUCGAGGCAUUUGAAAGGCUGAAUUAUGAGAAUUGCAACGAAAGGUUUUUGGAAUUCGUGGAGGUUGCUGAUAUCGGCAUAGAAUCCUCAGGGUAUAAAGAACUCUCGAUGGUACGUUUAAUUCAAAAUGACGGUGAACAGCUGUUGGAGCUGUUUCAAGAUUCUCAGGCUGAGCAGGAAGUGAAUCGAGAUUUCGCACAAGCUAAUAAUUUCAAAGACUGUUCGAAUAUUUUGCAAGAUAGUAAUAAAAUAGCUGACUGUCCCAAAAGUAAAUCAGACUUCUUCAUGUACGUCGAGGAUAAUGUGCCAUUAGGAGAAAAUGUAAAUAGCAAGCGAGGCAUAGAGAAUACUGAAGGAUGUACAGACAGUGGUAGCCAUUUGCCUACUGACCUAACGACUGGUGAAAGUGCAGGUAACAAGAACUGUAUCAAAACAUCAGAAGAAUUGAAAAAAUCGAAAACAAUUUCAAAAAAAUUCCAAUGCUCCGUAUGCAAGAAAGCAUUCUCGACAGCAUAUAAUUAUAAACAACAUAUCGGAAUACACUUUACCGAUCAGCAAAAAUUUCAUUGUAAAGAUUGCGGGGUGUCCUUUGCUUGGAAAUCUACUUUGAAUAAGCAUAUCACAAACAAUCACAGCUCGGACGGUCCGCAAAAGUUCGUCUGUGAGAUUUGUCCGAAAGUCUACAGCACCUUAUCACAAGUAAACGAGCAUGUAAAGAGGGACCAUUUAAAGCAGCGCAAUCAUGUUUGCCUGCACUGCGGCAAGUCUUUCUUCAAAAGAUUCGACCUAAAGACUCACAGUAGAACGCACACAAAUGAACGUCCAUAUGUGUGUCGCGUUUGUGGCAAGAGGUUUCAUCAUCAGAGUCAUAUUAUUCGUCACGAGCGCACGCAUUCAGGCGAACGGCCGUAUGUUUGUGACAUGUGCCAAAGGACCUUUACGCAACCCAGUUCGUUGAAGGCACAUAAGCAGAAGCACCAGCAGAUCCGGAUGGAUUUUCUGGAUUACCAGAUCGAUGAGGAUGAUCCUACUGCACCGGCGACGCUAUAAGACAUGUGAUAAUGAGAUAAAUGUUAACGCGAUAUGUUUCGUUUGGCGUGGGAACAAGGCAGUGGAUGUAUAAUGCCAGUAAUAAUCAGUCCUACAAUUUCUAUUUUAUCAGCAUUGUUA